AUGGAGACGCUCAAGGCAGUCUUCUUCGGACCAGAUCCGCAAGUGCAGAUGCGAAAGUGCAAUCAACUUAUUAGAUCAAACACUCGACAGCUCGAUCGUGACAUUGCAAAUCUCAAGACUCUCGAAAACAAAACACGGCAGUUGAUUGUCAAUGCCUCUCGUCGAGCUCAGCGAAAUCCCUCGCAGGCCAAACAGGCCACUGCAGAAACCAAGACAUACGCCCGAGAAUUAAUACGCAUUCGAAGACAAAACACACGCCUCAAUACGAGUCGAGCUCAAUUACAAAGCGUACAAAUGCAGGUGAAUGAGGCGUUCUCAGUACGGAAGAUACAGGGAAGCCUUCAAAAAUCGGCCGGUAUUAUGAAGGACGUAAACACCCUUGUGCGAAUGCCAGAGCUGAAUGCUACAAUGCGACAACUCUCGACGGAGCUCGUGCGUGCAGGGAUCAUAGAGGAAGUGGUAGACGAUGCACUACCCAACGAUGAGCUAUUGGAAGACGAAUUGGAUGAAGCAGAAUCGGAAGUUGAUAAGAUCCUACAGGAGGUCUUACAGGGCAAACUGUCGAAAGUCGAGCCUAUACGUCCCGAAAUACCCGUGGAGGAGACACCAACUGCCGAGGAAGAAUUCGACGACCAGGAAGCUACUCUUGAACAAAUGCGAGGCCGUCUGGAAGCGCUUAAGAGUUGA